GCUGGCUUCAGUACAAGGACAGAAUCGAUCAGUCUCAACUCUCAAGUAGUACUACUAGCUAGUACCCCAGUUCAUAUGUCUUCCCCUCGUCUGAUCCACAUCCACUAGUGCAGCAAUCCUUCCAGAACAGCAGAAAAUGGAUGGAGCAAGGCGCUCCACGGAUGCCUCCGACGAGCAAGAGCUUAAGCGGCCGUGCCUUGCAGUUGCAGGCGGGGCCGGCGGCAGUGAUGCGGGUGACGACGACAGCCACGGCGAUGCGGGUGGGAGCGGCGGUGAUGUGCAUGUGGGUGGGGGUGGCGGCGUUGGCCAUGCCGCCGCCGCCGACGACCCGCGGACGCUGAGCACCUUGGGGGACGACGUCCUCCGCGCCAUCCUGUCGCGCCUCGAGUCGUCCCGGCAGACGGUGCGGAUGUGCGUGCUGUCCAGGAGUUGGAGGCACCUCUGGCGCUCCGUGCCGUCCAUCCACAUCGACCAGCAGCGGGAGUUCGGUAGCGACCACGAGCUGCAGAGCUUCACCAACUCCCUCCUGGACCACCAUAACAACCUUGUGCUCCUAGAUGCGUUCCGGCUGCUGCUAAGCUCUCAAGACCUCCGCCUGCCGGCCUGCCUUUGGGUCCGUCGCGUCAUCAGCCAAGAUGAUACACCGCCUUACCAGCUCAAAAGGUUGCACCUUUGCAACGUGCACCUGGACAAGGAUUUUGCGAGCCAAAACCAGACAACUCUCGUGCCCCUCGCGUCGUCCCCGCGGGCGACCCGAGGGGAAACCCUAGCCGCCGCCCCUCGCACUUCCCUCCGCCCCUCUCCCUCCUCGCCGCCGUCCGCAACGCCGCCGGGCGAAGCCUGGCCGGCUGGGCGGCGGCGGGGCUCCUUUCCCAUCCAUCUCGUUCUGGCUGGCGCGGGACAGUGGGGACGAGGGGAGCGCCGGGCUAACGUGGGGUUCGGCGGCGCGGCGGCGGGUCUCCCGGCGAUGUCGGUGGUGGUCUGCGAGUUGCGAGGUGGUGGCUGCGUUGGUACUGCCCGGUGGUCGCGGGUGUCGCCGGAUCUGGAUCGGAUCCAUCUGGAUCCUGGCUUCGGACUCCGUCGGCCGCCGCGGGGUGAGGUUGGUCGCCACUGGCAACGUCGGACUGCUGGUUUUGGCGUCUGGAGAUCUACAACGGGGUCUUCUCGAUCCUCCUUUCCGGUGGGUCGAGCACCAUGGAUCUUCCAUCUUCGCAAGGUUUUGGAUCGUGGCUUGUCGCCGGAUCCGGAGCAGGCGGAGGAUUGGUGGCAUAGGAUGGGGACCGGAGGAAACUUUGGUCGGCUAGGCCGGCCCGGCAUCGGCGACGUCGCUCAACGCCGCUAUCCUCUGUGGAGGCGAAGCCGAGGUCUCUCCUAUCCACCUCCGAACAUAUCCCGGACGAAAGUCCAAAAUUCAUUCUGGAUUGGGCGGCGGCGGCGACCUGCACGUCGUAUCCUCCAUGGAGGCGCCGUCUUGGGAGGACCAGCUGUUCGGGGGAGAGAUUAUGUGGAUGGUGGGCUCCGAGUACCUCCAGCAGUGGCGACAGGGCAGAGGUUGCCUGGUGGUGCGGCGUUGUAUCUUCCGCGUCGAUGACGAUGAUUUUGGCGGCAUGGUGCGGCUACAUAUCGUUCAUGGAUGCGGCUGGAUGGACGAGCCCAGGGCGGUGGAGCUGUCUGGUGCCAUGGUGGCGUCGACGGCAGCGAGACCGGGCAAGGUGUAUGCAGCAGUAUAGCUCUGAAGAUGGAUUGGUGGCAGGUGGCUGUGGCGGCCUCAUACCUGGCAGGUGGCCGGGUUGAGGAGCAUGCCGGACUGGUGGGUGCCCAUACCCGGCAGGCGUCCAGGUUGGGACCUCAGGUCUUAGAUGUUAGGUUUGGCUGCGAGGUCUGUUUGGUAUUAGGCCCAGACCAUCAGCGCCCCUUCAUCAGUUAGAUAGGAGUAGCGACAGAGGUUGCGAAGAUGGUGGCUUUGGUCUUACUGUUGUACGACUUUGUAAGGUUUUGUGCUAAUAAUUAAUAAAGUGGCCGUAUGCAUCGACCAGAUGCAGAGGCCGGGGGUUCUCCUCCUUUUCGAAAAAAAAAAAAAAAAACAUCAGUGACGACAGGUGCCCUGCGCUGGAGGACGUGCGACUGGAAAACUGCAGUUACUUCACCACCCGGUAUAAGAUCACCUCCUUCUCACUCAAGAAAUUGGUUGUGGAUGGUUUAUACAUGGUGCAAGAUGACGAAAGUGAUGAUGAUGAGGAGGAUGAGAUUUUCAAGUUGAUUAUAGAGGCUCCUGCUCUUGUUUCUGUCCGCUUGGCCGGGGAGCUUGAUCACAUUGUUGAUAUCAAUGAACCACAUACCAUGGACUCUCUUGCUGAUGCGUCGGUUUAUCUGCCCAUGAUGACUGACGAGGAGCUCAAUGAGGUUGAAGAAAACGAUGCAACUGCGCUCCAAUCGGUUCUUGGCGUGCUGCUUAAUGUGACAACUUUGACCCUGUCCCAUUUCAGGUUGCUGUUCCGACCUGGGGAUUCUGUGGAACUUCAGCUUCCUGUAUUCCAGAACCUUAGAACCUUGUUCCUGGACGAGUGUUACAUUGUUGGCGACGACUUCGUGGGGCUCAAGCCUUACCUGCACAAGUCACCUAACCUGGAGAAGCUCACUUUGCGCUGUAGCAAGGUGCAACCAGGGUACUCUUUGAACUGGUAUUUUGGAGAUGACGACCUGGUGGAUUUCAUGUGCGACAACCUUAGGCUUACUGAAAUUAUAUACCAGCAUGAUGAUGAUGCUGCCCCCCUAUUGGUCGCGUUUUUGCUGAGCAUUUCAAGGAGCCUGCCGAAGAACAAGAUUGAACUCAUUAGAGUCGAAUAGCAACACCAUGUUUUUGUAUCAUGUUUGCCUUUUACUAGUAACUAGCACGGAGUUAUUGUGUGUGAAACAUCUUUGGUUUUUGACCCAUAUUGGCAUGUAUGUAUUGUUGUGGUAUUUUGAUCUUCAAUAACA